UCAAAGUGCAACCAUUUCUCUGCCCUUUCACUACAACUUGGAGCCCUUUUUGCAGGAUACCCCCUACAACCCUGUAUCGAUUUCUUCUAAGAAUAAUACGCAAGAACAUACCUUUCCAAUCACCGUCUCCCCGUUAUUGAUUUUUCAGUCAUUUCAGAUACCCAUUUCACAAUUCUUACACAACUACAUUUGUACUAAUGUUGGUGUGAUGCAACUUUUUCUCCGCCACCUUUUCUUGUAAUAAACCUUGAAUUUUUUUUAUUUUUUUUAUUUUUCCCUUUCUUGGCCUUGGUUUCUUCGCCUCCCUCUUCGACAAGUAUUUGAUUCUUGAUCCCUCUUUUAUGUGUAUAUAUAAAUGAUGGCUGCAACAUCAUUUCAUCAAGCAAUUGGAACUAUUCAAUAUAGUGGUUGCUUUAGAAACUCCAACCUCAAUCAAGUGAAUUGGAAUUAUUCAUUUCAGUUGAUCUCCAGUGGUUUUAAGCUGGAUAUUGCUCUGUUGAGAACUGGAACUUACUGCUCUAGAAAGAGAAGUUUUAGCAAUAUUCAGGCCUCAACUUCUCAGAGUACUGUAUUUGAUCCAGUUUCAUCCCCAUCAAAUGGCACGAAAAGCGACUCCAAAAAGAAACCAAGUGAAGCUGCAUUGAUCUUGAUUAGGCAUGGUGAAUCUAUGUGGAAUGAGAAAAACUUGUUCACGGGUUGUGUAGAUGUGCCACUGACCAAAAAGGGUGUGGAAGAGGCUAUUGAAGCUGGCAAAAGAAUCAGCAAUAUACCAAUCGACAUGAUCUAUACAUCUGCAUUAAUUCGUGCGCAGAUGACUGCUAUGCUUGCCAUGACUGAACACCGUCGCAAGAAGGUACCGAUUAUUUUGCAUGACGAGAGUGAGCAAGCAAGAGCAUGGAGUCAAAUUUUCAGUGAAGAUACAAACAAGCAGUGCAUUCCAGUUAUAACGGCUUGGCAACUGAAUGAAAGAAUGUACGGGGAAUUACAGGGUCUUAAUAAGCAGGAAACAGCUGAAAGAUUUGGAAAGGAGAAAGUUCAUGAGUGGCGUCGUAGUUAUGAUAUACCCCCGCCAAACGGUGAGAGCCUUGAAAUGUGUGCUCAGAGAGCCGUUGCCUACUUUAAAGAACACAUUGAACCUCAACUUCAAUGUGGGAAAAAUGUAAUGAUUGCUGCUCAUGGGAACUCGUUGAGGUCUAUCAUUAUGUAUCUGGACAAACUCACUUCUCAAGAGGUUAUUAGCUUGGAACUUUCAACUGGAAUACCAAUGCUUUACAUUUUGAAAGAGGGACAAUUUAUUCGCCGAGGUAGUCCAGUUGCACCAACCGAAGCGGGUGUUUAUGCUUAUACUAAGAGAUUGGCCCAAUACAGGCAGAGGCUAGACGAGAUGCUUCAAUCAUAAAUGGGAGUGCAGCUGACUUGACUUCCAUUUGUUUCAUCUGCAUUGGCAUCCCUAUCCAACAUCUGAAAGAAAUGACUUCCAUGUUGCAGAAUUAUGAAAUUCCUAAUGUUUUUGUAUGUCUUGAUACAGCUGAGUGCUUUUACUUUCCCGCUUAAUGUUUAGGAAAAAUUGUUAUUACUGAAUAAUGUAAUCUGGAAAAAGGAUUGUUGAAAAAUGUUCAGCUAUAAAGUAUUAUCCUAUAAUAUAAUUUUUUGUUAUGUAAUA